AUGUCUGAAUACAUCGAUUUCAGCAAGCCCAGUCUCUGGAUAUCUGCGGCCAGCAUUGCGUUCAACCCUACCUUUUGGAACAUUGCAGCUCAGCAAGAAUACCACAACAAAGUCAUUACAAAAAUCUUCGGUGGUAACUCGCGACUUGGUUGCUAUGCACUCGCUGUGACCAUCUUUUCGCUGGGUAUCUUCAGGGACUACCUCUACAAUGAAGCUCUUGCAGACCAACCCACACAUCCAGCACUCCUGUCUCCUGUAAUCAAGUACUCGGCAAUUCCGCUUUUCCUCACUGGAAAUGUCCUCGUCGUAACCUCCAUGUGGGCCCUUGGUGUCACUGGUACUUAUCUCGGAGACUACUUCGGAAUCCUCAUGGAUGAGCCUGUCACGACCUUCCCUUUCAGCGUCUCCAGCUCUCCCAUGUACCAUGGCUCUACCAUGUCUUUCUUGGCUACUGCAAUCUGGUAUGGCAAGCCAGCUGGUAUCUUCCUUUCUGGGCUGGUAGCAGUUGCCUAUUCGAUUGCAUGCAAGUGGGAGGACCCCUUCACGGCCAUGAUUUACCGCAAGAGGGACGAGGAGAGGUCCAGGGGAAAGAAGGGCCAGUAG